GCUGGACUCAUAUACAACGAGAUGAGAUGGCCGAAAGGAGUGGUACCGUAUAAGGUUGCUGGUAGUUUCGCUACUAAAGACUGGGCAGUGGUUCAACGGGCGAUAGACCAAUACACGCUUAUGACCUGCAUCCGAUUUGUUAAGCAAACCAAGGAACCAUACUACGUUACCUUCUGGAAUAACGCAACUGGAUGCCACUCACACGUCGGUUUCUACGCGGACAACAACUACCAUCAGAUCAAUCUUCAGACUCCGGGCUGUACGACUUACUCCGGAACUCCAGUGCACGAAAUGAUGCACGCUUUGGGGGCCUUCCAUGAGUUCACAAGAAACGAUCGCGACGAUUACAUCACUAUCAAUCGGCAGGCUCUGCUCCCCGAGUAUCAAACUGAUGCGUUCUACAACGCUAACUUUGGCAUCACACCGGCUCAGUAUGUUUCGAACUAUAAUACCAGCUACAACUACGGUUCGGUAAUGCACUAUUCUCGGUAUGCCGGUGCUGCAAGUGCCCUGACCCCGGUCAUGUCACCGAAGAAGAUGUGGUGUACCGAUUUUGGCAACAAUAACGGAUUAACUGACACCGACAUCCAAUUGAUCAAUGCUAUGUAUUGCAAUAAUCCAAGUGUUAUGUUUUGA